GCCGGUUGUCGGCUUUGUUGCUCUUUGAGGAGUCCCAUACCGCGCGUCGUGCAGCCUGUGCUAUAAAAAUGAAAAUACGGACGGCGAAAGCCUUUGUAGCGAGGGCGAAUGGGAACUGGACGCCAGGCGGGACUCCUGGGGUGGGUCUGUGGUAAACAUAACGAGGGUUCGUCCUCUCCCAGAGAGGCGGGGCAUGGCCCAGCCAGGAUGGUCGCUGAGGCCUUGUUACCCCCUGCAGGAUGGCGGAGGAGCUGUGCGGGGAGGCUCACGGCUAAGGGGCGGGACGGUGCAGACCGGUUUUAGGCAACCCCACUCCGCUAUUGGCCCUCGGCGCUUCCCCUCCCUUCAUUCAAGAAUAAUAAAUGGGUGAAUCUGGUUAAUGUCAAGAUUAAAGGCGUCCUUGAAGAAAAAAGAAAAACGUGAGAUACAGAGGCCUCAGAACAGGACGUGCGUGGUGGGAGCAGCUAACGCCAGGUCUUGUGCUGAAUUCCUCCGAUGCGCUGCCAAUGUGCAGCCUAUGUGCUGGCCACAUUUUAAACUCCUCCCCUGCCCACAAAGUGAAACACCGUACAGUUUGAGGAUCCUGAGCUUCUAGGCUUUCCGAAGUACAAGCUAGGAUAAUCAACCCAAUUUUGGUGACUCUUAGAGUGCACACCGUGGAGUGCCUGUAGGGGAGAGAAGGGCUUGACGACUUGCGGUUUGUGACCUUUGGCAAUGUGGAACUCUGGUCCGGUGAAGACUAGUUUAAGCAUUCCAGGAUGGCCUCUUCCCAGUGGGAACAGCAAGUGGCAAAUGGAGGAACUGGAGCAAGGCCUGCUGAUGCAGCCGUGGGCAUGGCUACAGCUUGCUGAGAACUCCCUCUUGGCCAAGGCUUGUAUCACCAAGCAGGGCUAUGCCUUGCUGGUUUCAGAUCUUCAACAGGUGUGGCACGAACAGGUGGACACUAGUGUGGUCAGCCAGCGAGCCAAGGAACUGAACAAGCGCCUGACUGCCCCACCUGCGGCUUUUCUCUGUCAUUUGGAUGAUCUGCUUCGCCCAUUGUUGAAGGACACUGCUUGUCCUGGCAAAGCUACAUUCUCCUGUGAGCGUGUGGCAGAGGCACUGACCCUUCGGGUGCGGAGUGAGCUCUCUGGUCUCCCAUUCUAUUGGAAUUUCCACUGCAUCCUAGCUAGCCCUUCCCUGGUUUCCCAACAUUUGAUUCGUCCUCUGAUGGGCAUGAGUCUGGCGUUGCAGUGCCAAGUGAGGGAGCUGGCAACAUUGCUUCACAUGAAAGAUCUAGAGAUCCAGGACUACCAGGAGAGUGGGGCUACACUGAGCCGAGAUCGGUUGAAGACAGAGCCAUUUGAAGAGAAUUCCUUCAUGGAACAAUUUAUGGUAGAGAAACUACCAGAGGCAUGCAGUGUUGGUGAUGGAAGACCCUUUGUCAUGAAUCUACAGAGUCUGUAUGUGGCAGUCGCCAGACAAGAGAUCCAAGUGGGACAGAAGCAUCAAGGCACUGGAGCUCCCCAGACCUCAAGCAGUGCCCCCUCACAAGGAACUGAUAGCCAACUUCUGAACCAGCCAGAAGAGCCAGUCUCCUUAGCACCAUCGCUCCCAGAGCCUGAGAAAGAGCCCACAGUUCCUUCAAGCCCUGUGCAGAGGCCUCAGCUGUUAAAGGUCAAGAGGAAGAAGCCAAGGGGGCUCUUCAGUUAACCUGUCACUAUCUCAACUGCUGAGGAUGGACUUGGAGAGUAGUUUUCUAAUGUCACUUUGAAAGGAGUUCCCAUGGCAGCAGCCUCUCUGACAGUUAUAUAGUCAGGGGCUCCACUGUAAGGGAAGGACAACUGAAGUUCACGUUGACAGGCAUGGGUAUUAUUAACUGAGGGAGCCCUGCCCCCAACCCAUCAGGCAUUAGCCUUCUCCAUCUGAGUGGAAGCCAGUCUCUGGGUAUCCCAUACCGCCUUUUUUAGGUGGAGGGUCUCUAGACCCAAGAUCUACCGUGGACUUUAGGUAUAUGGGACAAGUCAACAAAAAGGCACAACAUGCUUAGGAAGGCUAGUCUACCUUUCUUAAGAGUCCUUAGCUAGUCCCAGAUGCUCCCCAGAGACCCUCUUCUCUCUUUAGCAUGGAAUAGAAAGCACUCACACUCCCCUGCUUUUGAGAUUGCUUAUCUAUGGAGUACAUAACCAGCCCACUUCACUUAACUGCAUCCCACCCCAUGUUGUCUCUGGAUGAAGCCUAGGGCAUCAGUCCAAUCCUUCACAUUCUUCUUAUGCUUCUCUUCUGUGGCCUGUACUAAGCUUCCAUUCAAGAGCUUUGAUCUUGAGAUCUUUCUCCAUGGUGGACACUAGACAGAACAGAUGGCUUCUGCUCUCCUUUGCCCAAUUGAUAAGGGUUUUGUUUUUGGUUUUUAAAAUGUUUCUAAGGCAUAGAUAACAGGUUAAACCACAAUAGGGGAUUGAAAUUACAAACAACUCUAAGCACUAAGGCCAAGUUAGUUUCCCAGAGUGAAAGAAAAAGGAAUUUUACUUUCCCAUCCUUUACUCCACUUCAGAUAGCAUAGUAACUAGAUGAACUAGAAAAGAUAGGAUGACAGGGGCCAGGAAAUAGCCACAGGAGUUCUCUGGGACCAACAGAAUUAACCUAUAGAAUGAAUAGUACUUAGCAGGAAAAAAUAUAAAGGCUAUGUGAGAUACACAGACUCUUAGACAGUUAGAAAGUUGAUUCUUUGGACAAUUCUAGCACGAUUUUGCAGACCAGGAUUGGCAGAGUUCCUUGGCCUUCUCUGCUGAGUUUUCCUCUGUAGGUAAGACCAUCUGAAACUUUACCUGGAGAGACAGGAAGGAAAGUAGAACUCAGAUGUUCACUGGGGGCUGUUAGGUAGAGGAAGGAGUUGGGGCAAAAACCACAGAGGCCUUUUCUGGUUUAUUUACUUAUGAUCGUCAAAUGCCUCCUCAUUCACCAGUCCUUUCUACCUGGUACUGGUGUUUCUGUCCCCGUGUCAAGUCUUGGGGGAAGAUGAUGAUCUAAGUAAUAAUAAAAUAAUAAUGAUUAUAACAGCAGUAAUAAACAGCUACCAUUUAUUGAGCAGUUCAUGUAUACCAGGGACUCUAAUAAGUGCCUGACAUUGAAUCCUCACAGCAUCAUUUGAGGAAGAUACUGUUAACCCAUUAGGAAAUGUAGUCUUGAAGGGAUUAAAUGACUUAUCAGAGGUUACACAGUUAAUAAAUAACAGCCAGAAUUUGAACCCAGACAGCUGAGUUCUGAACUGCAUUAUUGUAUACAUUACUGAAAACAUUUUCCAGGAAGGAUGUAAAAUCAUUCUUUCUUAUCUUCCACUGUGACCAGUCAUCUCCUGUGACCCUUUCAGGAGGCUGUUCUACUCUCCAUUGGCUCUUCAAGAUGGGAGCCUUGGAGGACUCCAGGUCUUAUGCCCAGGCCUUUACCUGCUGGCAGAGUCUGAGAGCUCCACCAGGGCUCAUUCCCAGUUGCUGAUAACUUUCUUUACCUCCAGACCAGUGCCACAGUCUGUGCCCUCAGGGUGACUAUCAUUGAAGUGAAUUGGGAACUAUGUAAAAACAAUCUGUCAGGUGACUCACUUUGUUCUUUAGUUUCAUUGGCAUAAUUUAGAUAGCCAGAUUUCAAGGUAUGAGGCCACGUGGAAAAUGGAAAGACUUCAGCAGCAAGCUAGGAGGGAAAAAGGGUUCUUCAUCCUCAGUAAUCCCCCUGCCCUAAGAGCACAGUUUCAAGAGCAGGCAUUUUUAAUCAGAGGGUGAUCAGGGGUUUGUGAAUCCCCUAAAAUUGUAAGUAAAAUCCUAAGAGCAUAUAUAUGUAUUUCUCAUGUUCUCAAAAGAACCUGUGACUUUUUAAAGAGUUUAAGUUACAGUAUGCCCAAUGACCUCCCCACCUACUGCCUCCUUUAUCCCCUAAGGUUGCUGCCCCCAUGGGGAUAUGGCCCAAACACAUCCUUAGAGAAACUGCUCCCUGAGGCUGAGGCCCUGCCUCAGGCAGUCUUGCCCUGAAACUCUUGCCCCUCAAAGCAAGGGGUGGUGGUUGAAAAUCAUUCAUCCCAGGGCAACUCCAGGGAAAUCCCUGCCUUGACAAAUUGGCCUAGCUAGGCUCUAUUCCAGCCCUGCCCCCUGGCUUGGGCCCCUCCCUGCGGCCCCCAGCUUGGCCCAACCCCCACUCCCUAUACACAUAAAAGGGUCGAAUUCUCGUGGCUGCUCCAUAAAUUUUAUUCCGUAAAUAUUAGUUUUCCCUGUGUUUAAUAAAGCAGUGGCCCACCUCCCCGCCUACCCGCCCGCUCCCCGGGGCCGAGGCUGGGGCCAGGGCUGGCUGGUGGGAGAAGGGACUCUUUCAAUUGCUUUGGAGUAUUUUUAGAAAAAAAAAUAAUAUAAGGUGGUUUACAGGAGUAAGCCAGCAAACCAGGAGCAGGACUAGAGACCUCGAGGAAGUUCCUGCAGGAACUUGACCUAAAAAGUAGAGAAAUAGCGCCACCUAGGCUGCAAGGCAUAGUUGGCCCUGCAGGCUGAUUCACCCCCUCCCCCCACAGUCAGCCAGGACAGGCACGCUCUUUACAGGGAGAGAAAUCUUCACCCUUUAGUACUCCAGUUGGGCAAGCACCUCCUCUCAGGCCUCACUGAGGGCUUUCCCAGCAGCCCUGAAGGCAGAGCCUGAGCCAGGUCCUGAACACCCCACGAAGGUUGUUCUAGAACCAGUCAGCUGGUCUCCUAGAUCAAGGAGUGUUUCCAAGGGAUAAUACUUACUGAAAAGGGAGAAAGGAGCUUCUAUUCUCUGAAUUCCGAGGAUCUAGCCCUGGAGUCCCUAGGGUGUAAGGUGGCAAAGAGUGAGAUCUGUGGUCCUGUGCUCUGGAGUUGGAAAGAGUCUGUCCCUGUCAGACCAAGAUCCUUCCACAGGUCUAAUGCAGUUCACCUUUAGAGAACACUUAGGGGAGGGAGAGAUGCUCAAGUCUCCAGAAUACUCAGCCCCACUGCUUCUUAAUUUUAUCCCAUGGUCCAUUUGAACUCCCUUUUCUUGCCUUCCUGUUCGAAGCCCUUAGCUCCUCCUUCACCCUGGUCUGCUGGGAGAUGAGCAGGAGCUUGUGUGUCAUCUUUCGUACAGAGAUGGCAGGAGUGGGGAUGGAAAAGGCCAUGCCUCUUCUCAUCCGGGAUCUGGUCUCGUUCUUGACAUUGUCACCAGGGGCAUUUCCUUUUCUCCAAUUAUUCUGUCCUUCAUUCCCUCCUAUUCACUAGGAGGAUUUGCUCCGAAGAGUAUUGGGGAAACCUAAAAUCCCUUUAAUUACCCUCCAUCAUGAUGUGGUAAAUUCACUUUAUCUGUUCUGCCCACCUCCUCACUAUUUGUACUAUUAAUAUAAGCAGUGUUUACCUACACAUUUCCUCUGCACUUUUUGUUUUCUUCCUUACAUUGGAUUAUACUCUUUGAGAACAGGGUCAGUUUUUAACACUAACUCAAAAAAUAUCACCAUGGUGAUAUUAUACUCCUGAAGGAUACAACUUUAUGUUAACUGGGUUUUCAAACAAUCAUGAUAUGCUUUUCCGAGCUCUGCCCAGAAGUAUUUUUCUAUCUUCUAAUUUUCCUGAAGAAGAAACUGUUCAGAAGGAGUAAGUGACAUUCUACAAGGAAGCCACCAAACUCAGAGCUCAACCCUUGAUUCCUAGUCCCUGUUACCAACAAGAGUAAAGGUAUGGACUCAAAGGAGUGUAAUGGGUUUUGCGAGGUACUUAGAUAGAGAAAUGCUGGAAGAGAAGGGAGCCCACACUGUGAGGGAAGGUUUUCCCUGGCUCCUGUGACCUGGAAACUGCUACGGGGUUUCUUGUUGAGGGCUUCUUAGUGCUGCAUUUUUCUUCCAUGUUCUCUUGGACAGGGCUUCAGAAGAUCCUACCCUGAGGGGAAACAUUCAGAGAGGGGAGAGUGUGAGGUAAGCUUGUCUGUUUGUGAUGGGGAGGGACCCUGGGGAAUCCUCUACUUGAGGAUCUAGAAGCCUGUCUCUCCUCUGACUUCCAUCCCGGACCCAUCAAUGAGUACUUUCUCAUCUCCUGAGACUUUGCUUUAUGGUGGCCCCUUAUGCUUCCCCUCAAUUCUGGGGUCUCAUUUUUCUACCUUGGCCCACGGGCAGUCAUGAGGCAGCACCAAAGCAAAGUUCUAGCAAAAGCCCUGUCUCUUCUAAGCUGUGAAGUCCUACCUGCUCUCAGUUUCUCUUUCCCAGAACCCAACCAAUUUUGCUGUACUUUUCAUACCCCUGGACCCUUUGAGUGAGCGCUAGCCUCUCAGAUCCUCUCUCAGCUCCUAACUCUCAUGGGUUCCUGAGAAUGUGGGCCAGCCUAGGGGAACCCGGAAGAAGCACUGGAAGAACUCCAGGGUGUGGGAACUCCAGGGUGUGGGGAACGCACAGCCAUUGACUCACCUGGGAAUGUUGUGCCAGGGUACUCGUCCUGCUGGGCCCAGGGCCAGGAGUUAAAGGAGCAUGCAGUACCAUACUCUUCCUCCCUCCCCUCACUUUGGGGCCCAAAGCAGUGGCAGGGUGAGAAUUGGGGAGUAGGCCUUGGGGGCUGCUGGAGACCCUUCUGAAAUCUGGGUGUUGUAUUUACUUUUUCAUAUUGGCAGCUGGAAGGGGAAGCCCAUCCCAGCUCGGCAUUGUUGUCUAACAUGGUUAAUCAGAUCCUAUAAUCCUGCUGUGGAAAUAUUGGGCCUCACUCAAAACAAUAGAGACCAAGAAUAUUGUGGUUAAAUUUCAACCAGCUGCCUCCCUGGCCUGUUUGCCUAACCCCUACCCCCCUCUCCUGGGCCAGAGUCCUCCUGGCUUUAUGGACCCCUGAUAGGAUCGACAGCCACUCAGAAAUGGGUGACAGAAGAAGGGAGGAUGGAGUAGGGGAAGGGUAAUCCUCUUGACUGACACUCCAUCCUGCCUCUCCCCUCCCACUCCAGGCCUUGAGAAGUGAGCAGGGGGUGGUGGGGGAGCCCCUGGGUCUGGGUGUGUGCUCAGGGGUCAAGAGCAGUACUGCUGGGAAUCCAGGGUGGUAAGAGAUUUCUUAUUCAAGACAGAAAAGGACUCCUGCCAGAUGAGAAGGAAAGACUGCCAGUUUCAUUUACUACUGCUGCCUGGCGCUUCCAGGACACAAAGACAUGCCAGUUGGUCAGAUGUCACAUAUGGAAGGCACUGGUUGUGGGGAAGGGAAGCUGGUAACAAAUAUUUCUGUUUCAUUAGUAACCUGAUAAAACAGCAAUAUAAAUAAUACUCUAAUAAUGUAAGGUGAUACUGAUACCCCAACUUGAGUAGUUUUCUGGUAGUGGUAAGGUCCAUUAGGUUGCUCUGUUUAAUAAGUACAAAUUAACUGUGGCAGGGUAAUUUAUAUAAUUAGAAUAGCAGGACAGAGGAAAUAGAUAAGCUAUACAAUGGCAUUUUGAAUAAAAAAAAAAGAUGCAAUGUCUGGAUUGUGCUAAAGGGGAAAAUUAACAUGGUGAUAUGUCCAGGAAAAGGCAGAGGACGUUCCUCUUGCAGAUCUUAGGACACCCAGCCUGUGAAGUAGCCAACUUUGAGUUUGUACUUGGCUCUCAUGCACCCAGGAUGGACUGGGAACAAGUUGUCGCCACAUUGCUUUUGGAGCUGUCACCAGUCAAUGAGAUGAAGUACAGUGAUGCCCCAGUUCCAGCACUGUGGACUAUUGAACGGUCAAAGUGUAUGUGCUUUUGUAGGAUUUGAAGAACGAAAAUAGCAGAACUGUGCCAAACGAAACUGUAUGUACUUAAUCUCUUCAUAUAGGAUGGGAAUAGAGCAGCAGCAGAGGGCAUUUAAUGUUUUCUCCCUCAGGUGCUAUGUGAUGAUUCAGGGACUAGCAUGGCUCCUGUGGGUCAUUCAUCAAAGCCAUUUUAAAGCAGGGGCUGCUUAGCGGGAACUGAGCUUCCCACCAGAAAGACAUCUGGAAAAUACCCUGGGAGUGAGACUCUAAGAGAUGUGUAUGCUUCUGGGUGGGAAUCUCAAAAAUACCCUAAUAGCAGUCAUCAAAUGGAAUUGAAGCAGGUAUGAAACUGAUAAAAAAAAAUGAUUUAAAGAUGAUGGAAAGCAUUUCAACAGUUAAGGAACUUGGGGGAAAAAGAAGAAACUUGGGUAACUAGUGGGAAGAAUUCAAGGUGAAGAAAAAUCCCCAGUGGAAGCUCUAAAGGAUGAGCUAUCUUCCUGAUGAGGAAGGGGAAUGUAAGAAACCAAGUUGAUUUUGCUGUACAUAGACUUGAACUGCAAAUGGGAAAGUCCAAUAGGAACAUUCCAGGUUUGUUGGAAAUGUGUUGGGAAUAUAGAAAAACCCACAUUCAACAAGAGACAGGAAUACUUAGAUGUGUAUUAACUCAUAUACAUACUGACUGCUUACUCACUAACAUUCCCGUUAACAGGGCCAUCAUGCUACUUGCUGUAUUAUGGCCACAGAGACGUAUCUUUUGCUCUCAAGAAGCCUAUGAUCCAAAGAUGAUUCUUACAGCAUAGAUUUCCCCCUCCCCCAAAGUUUUUCAAGUGUGUGAAGUAGAAAGAGCCAGGUAUCUCUUUUUUUUUUUUUAAUUUAGGAGAAUCCUACCGAUAAACCCUGUCCUGUUACCUUUUACUUUUACUUAACUGUAUUCUGUCCAUAUUUACAUGUCAAUACAUAAAUCUCUUUAAAGGGUAAAUUAUCUUCACUCUGAGCUUCAUAAAAAAUUUGAAAAACACCCUCGUGAUCAGGAAGUAGAAAGUCAAGCUUAUUUACUGCAUUUCCCCCUUGCUGCUUCUUUGAUCACACUGGUCUUGCUAUUUCUCUAAUAUGCAAGCAUGUUAGGGCUUUUUCUCUAUGCAUUUCUCUCUGCCUAGAACUCUCUUCCCUUAGGUAUCUGCUUGGUUGAAGCCCUCGCCUCUUUAAGGUCUUGGCUUAAGUCACACCUUCUCAAUGAGGCCUCCACUGGCCACCUUACUUAACAGAGUGACCUGCCUCCUGACCUUGCACCGCUCCCCACAAGCUGGCUUUGCUCUCAAUCCUUUUACCCUGUUUUAUGUUUUGUGUUCAUAGUUCUUAUUCCCUUCUGACAUAUCAUAUAUUUUGCUUAUUUGUAUAUUUAUUUUUGUCUCCCCAGUGCUUCCCCACUAGAAUACAGCUCCUUAAAGGCAGGAACCUUUGUGGUUUUUUGUUUUUAGUAUUUUCUCAUGUCUCAAGCACCUCACACAGUGUCUGGUACCUAGUUGAUGCUCAAAAAUACUUGUUGAGUAAAUAAAUGAAGAAAGAUUAUCACCACACACACACACACCCCUCCACACCAGCAGUAUCUUGAAGUGGUUUUAGAAAUUUGUGGAUAUAAAUGAAUGUAAUGCUUUUUGUUUGGGGCAACCAGUCAUAAGGUGAGAGUGGGGUUAAAGACCUUUUGUUUGUUUGUUUGUUAGCUACAAUCAUAACAGAAUGAAUUUGUAAUUUUGCAGCAACUAGGAGUACAAGUUAUUAAAAAGCAAGUGACUGUC